UCUCUCCACCCAAAACCAUAAGUGCUGGUGGAUAUUGCAGCUGUAUGCCUUAAAAGGAUCAGACAAGUCCAAAUCCUGUGGGAUCUCUUUACAUAGCCUCCCAACAAAUCUUAAGAUCUGCCAUUUCAGUCACAAGUACCAUCCGUGUCUGUGGGCUCAGUGGAGGAUUUCUCGUGUCUAGAAUGGCAAACAAACUGACUCCAGAACAGAUCACAGAGUACAAGGGAGUGUUUGAGAUGUUUGAUGAGGAGGGAAAUGGAGAUGUGAAGACUCAGGAGCUGGAGAGGCUCAUGAGUCUGAUGGGCAUUAACCCCACUAAGAGGGAGCUUGGCCAGAUGGCCAAAGAUGUGGACAAAAAUGGCAAAGGAACUUUCAAUUGUGACAGCUUCUUGGGAUUGAUGGCCUUGUACCUUGAGAUGACAAAGAACCAGGAUGCAGAGCUCCGGGCUGCUUUCAAAGUUUUUGAUAAAGACGCAAAGGGCUACAUAGACUGGAACACACUGAAAUAUGUACUGAUGAAUGCAGGGGAGCCCCUGAAUGAGCUGGAGGCAGAACAGAUGAUGAAGGAGGCGGACAAAGAUGGCGACGGAACCAUUGAUUACGAAGAGUUUGUGGCUAUGAUGACGGGAGACUCAUUCAAGAUGAGCUAAAUGUCAUGAUGUGGAUUGAGCAGUGUGUGGACUACAUGAUCACUAUGUAGAACACCACUGAGGAAAUAAAAACUUAACAG